AUGAGCGCGGACCGGGGCUGGUCAGACGGCAACUACCUCAACGACAGCGACAAAAGCGACGACAGCUCGCUCACCUUCACGCUUGUAGCGUCCCCCAACCCGACCCGUCGCGACAGCGAUGACAUGGACGACGAGGAAGCGUCCGAAACGGGCAACGCGACUCUAUCGAGCGACAGUGACGCAGCGACGUCGAGCGCCGGCGUUGGCGCGAGACCCGGCGUUGAGGACGGAGACGCGGACGAAGGCGGCGACGAGGAAGUGUUCGAUGAGAAUGACACGAGCGACCUUCCACCACCCAAAGGACAGCGACUGUUGGCCUCACCGCGUCGCGUGAGCCCGUCGAGCGGGCAGAUCCCUGAACGACUGGUUCGCGCCGACGCAUCGAGCGAGAUCGCGAUCCAACUUUGCGAUGCCGCAAUCUGGCUCAACGCGACACUCGAGAACACGACGCUCACCCUCGAUAGCUUUCCGUGGGGUAUGUACCCGCGCAUCUUGGAUGGCAUCGAACGCCGAGUCUCCGCGCAGCUCGUCCAAACGCUGCUCGAACGCGAACUCGAGUGCUCGACAGACGCCAUGGAACGGCGCGCGAACGGUCAUUUCAACGUCAUCCAUUUUCUCCUCAAGAGCUGCAGAAGGGCUGCAGAAGGGUGUACAAUCAACGCCCUCGAUGGCGCCACCCGCUACGGCCACCUCGACAUCAUUCGCUUACUCAUUGAACAGGGCACCGAAGGCGCGUCGCCCAACAUCCUCGACCGCGCGGCCGCCGAUGGUCACCUUGAGGUCGUCCAGUCAACUGAAGUCAUCCAGGAGAUUCCAGACCUCAUGACUCGCCAGUUGGGCGAGGCCAACUAG